AUGUCCACUACUGACAUUACGGGGUUCAGCUCGGCUCCACCAAGUCCGCGCUGCCGCUCAUUGGCUACACCAUCGGAGAUCCACGGCGGACAGAUGUUCUUCGAGUUUGAUGCUCCAGAAGCGUUUGUCUCACCGCAAUUGUUCGCCGUGAACCCGAGCGGGAACGUGAGCAGUUUGCAGAUUGUGGAUGUGAUCAACACUGAAUGCCUGAACGCUCGUUGUAGAUGA